AUGCCUCAAACCCUUUUCUUAAAGCCCUUCAUUUCAGCUCCUUUGGAUAAUUGGAGUAAAUUGAAAGCGUGCACAAAUUCUAUUGGUGCCAAUGUCAAGGUGCGUGGAAGAGUGGGGGUAGUUUGUAUGGGUAUGCUGGCACCAAGAAAGUUCUUGCAGAAAAGGAAGAAAGUAGAAGUUUUCAAAGAUGCUGCGGAUGAAGCUGAGCAGAAGAACUGGAGGAGACUGAUGAAUGAAAUUGAAGAGACAGGUUCUGCUGUUUCUGUGCUCAAAAGUGAAAGGCUCAAGGACAAGACUAUUCCUAAGGAUCUUGUACUUGGAACUUUGGUCAGAUUCAAGCAACUGAAAAAAUGGAACCUUGUCAGCCAGAUUCUUGAAUGGCUCCAAACUCAAAAUUGGUGGGACUUCAGCAAAAUGGAUUUCCUGAUGCUUAUAACAGCUUAUGGAAAGCAAGGGCACUUCAACGGAGCUGAGAAGGUUUUAAGUUUGAUGAAUGAGAAGGGAAUUCCACCAAGUGUAAUAUCUCAUACUGCUCUUAUGGAAGCAUAUGGAAAAGGAGGCCGAUAUAACAAUGCUGAAGCAAUAUUUAGAAGGAUGCAGUCUUCUGGCCCUGAACCGUCUGCUGUGACUUAUCAAAUAAUACUAAAAAUCUUUGUUGAGGGAUGUAAGUUCAAGGAAGCAGAAGAAAUUUUUGAGACCCUUUUGGAUGAGGGAAAAUCGCCUUUGAAGCCAGACCAAAAGAUGUUCCAUAUGAUGAUUUAUAUGUAUAAGAAGGCCGGGAGUUAUGAUAAAGCUCGUAAGAUGUUCGCAUUGAUGGCUGAGAGAGGGGUUCAGCAAUCGACGGUUACUUAUAAUAGCUUAAUGUCAUUUGAAACUAAUUACAAGGAAGUUUCAAAGAUGUAUAACCAGAUGCAAAGAGCUGGUCUCCGACCUGACGUAGUGAGCUAUGCCUUACUCAUUAGUGCUUAUGGGAAAGCUAGAAGAGAGGAAGAAGCCUUAGCUGUUUUUGAGGAGAUGCUUGAUGCUGGUGUCAGACCAACCCCGAAAGCUUAUAACAUUUUGCUUGACGCAUUUGCAGUAUCAGGAAUGGUGGACCAAGCUCGAACUGUUUUUAAGAGCAUGAGAAGGGACAGGUAUAAACCUGAUCUUUGCUCUUAUACGACUAUGUUAUCAGCAUAUGUAAAUGCAUCUGAUAUGGAGGGUGCUGAAAAGUUUUUCUUAAGAAUAAAACAAGAUGCACUUAAACCCAAUAUCGUCACUUACGGAACCUUAAUCAAAGGGUAUGCUAAGACAAAUAAUAUAGAGAAGAUGAUGGAGAAAUAUGAGGAAAUGCAGGCAGCUGGUGUCAAACCAAAUCAAACAAUCUUAACGACAAUAAUGGAUGCAUAUGGCAAGAACAGAGAUUUUGGCAGUGCUGUUGUUUGGUACAAGGAAAUGGAAACCUGUAGCCUUCCACCUGAUCAGAAAGCAAAGAAUAUCCUUUUAUCUUUGGCGAAAACAGCAGAAGAACAGAAGGUAGCUAACCAAAUUGUAGGGAAUUUGGAUCAGUGUAGCAAUGAACAAGGAGGUGCGAAGUUUUUGGUGCCUGUUGAUGAGAAUGAUAGCGAGGAUGAGGAUGCGGAUGAUGACGACAAUCAUGAUGAUGAAUUAGAUGGUCCUUCACAGGUCACUUCAUCAUAUGAUGAACAAAAAUAUGAACUGAUUUAUUUAAAUGGUGCUAAUGAGAAAAACCUUGACGGCUUACUUAAAGUGGCUAAUUUGUAA